AUGGCGGCACGCCGCAAGUUCUGCGUGCCGCUCUUCAUCCCCUCCUUGCUGCAAGGAAAGAGUACAGCAGUGGUGACGCCGAUGCUUCCAAUCUUCAUUCAGGAAGAGCUUGGGGGAAGCGUGGCCGACGUCGGGCUGGUGGCUUCAACCUAUGCCCUGGCGCAAGUGGCAACUUCGGUGCCUAUGGGCUUUGUCCUAGCCCACUUCAACCACAGGCAGUCUUCGAUGGCGGCUCUCGCUGUUUGUGUGCUGACGUCCCUUCUGGCGUGUCAAAGUUCGAGCAUCGUUCAGUUGCUGCUGAUCCGUUUUGCGGCGGGAGCAGCAGCCAACUCCUGGAACCUCGCACGGAAGGUUUGGAUUGCGGCGGAGGUCCCCAAGCAGGUUCGUGGGCGCAUUACUGGCACUUUGACUGGCAUGAGCCGGUGGGCUGGGCUUCUUGGUGCGUUGUUGGGAGGUGUCGUUGCGGAGAUCAACACUCGAGACAUUUUUCUCGUGCAAGCAGCCUUCUCCUCCUCUGCGCUAGCGGUUCUCCUUGUGUACCAGCAAUGCGAAAAUCGAGAGCUUUCGGAAGACGCUGGCCGAAAGGCCGCUCGUGAGAAGCUUGCUCAACAGGCGCCGGCACAUUCCAUCGCGGAAGUUCUUCACGCAUCCUUCUACGGGCUCUGGACUGCAGGCACCUAUGCGCUGAUGCUGAACGGCUGUCGGCAGACUUGGCUCAUUCUGCUUCCCAUGCAGGGCCGUGAGGCUGGUCUAAACAAAGCAACCAUUGGUGGCCUCGUGGCGGCUGGCAAGUUUGUAGAUGGGCUCGUGGGCAUGACAAUCAGUGGGGAGCUCAUGGACCGCUGGGGACGGCGGAGCGUUGGCGCCCCGGCGAUGAUCAUCAUUUCCCUGGCAUACUGGCUCUCGGCCACGGCUUCGGGAUGCUGGGGCAUCUUCCUUGCCUCGCUCCUCUUCGGUUUGGGCAACGGUCUGACCGGUGGGAUUGCCAGCACACUCUCGGCGGAUUUGGCACCCAGCUGGGCACGGGCACAGUUCAUGGGCCUGUGGAAAAUGGUGACGUCCAAUGGAAGUCUCCUUUUCCCAAUGCUCUUCGGGCUUCUAGCGAGUCAGCUGCAAUCCUUGGAUAAGGCUACGUACCUGCUCCAGCUGUUGGGUGUUGCCGCUGCGUUGUGGCUGUGGUUUCUGGUGCCGGAGACCUGCAGCAACAUUGGAGACGGAGCUGUCCAGAAAGACGGCAAGGAGAGCCUGCUGAACGAGCUGGACAGGCAAAAGCUCGAUCUGAAUGCUCCGGCUCGUGCAGAUCUUGGGACCACUGAUGUUAUCGAAUACUCCAGAGAAUUUGCACAAGAAUCUCCCGGUGAUCGGAGCAGAGACCCAGGGAAGUUACAGACCGCUCUGGAGGCAGCACAAGGCGUGCUACUGGAUGUGGAGGUACAGUGGGGCCAAUGCGAGCUCACCAAAAUCUCCCCCGAAGCAGAUCCAGCAGCUGGAACCGCGCAUGUGAAGCCGAACAAGGAGACCAGGUUUGCGGACGUGUCAGACGCCACAGCGGGCCAUCCUUUGAGCGUUCCAGGAGGCAAAAGAGAUUGGGACGAUGAAGACACGGAGGUGCUGCAAGAUGUAGUACCAGCGGCCCGCACGGUGCCUCCGAGCAAGACGGGAAUCAACGGCUGGGUCAGCGAAGGGGAAGGCGCAGUACCCGAAGAUCAGACAGGAGUCCGGAAGACCCUUCUUCAGCGUGCUGCAAGCUAUUUCAACUGCUUCUCGAGUGAUGAUGACGAGGACAAACGCAGGAAGAUGAGGAGGGGCACGCUGUACCACGCGCAGGUAGAAGAGCAGGAAGUAAAGCUGGACGAAGAGGUGUACGAUGUGGCCAACUUCUACAAGAAGACCGGCGUGUGGCAAGCCAUGGCCCGAAACGACAAAUUCGAGCGCUUGACGCUCAUGGUGAUUUGUAUCAAUGCCAUUUACAUUGGAGUGGAUGCAGACAACAACACGGCCUCAACGACCAUAAGCGCAGAAUGGCCGUACCAGGUUUGCGACCAUGCCUUCUGCUUGUUCUUCACGUUCGAACUGGCUGUCCGCUUUGCUGCCUUCGAACGCAAGCGCAACUGCCUGCGCGACAUGUGGUUCAUUUUCGAUAGCGCGCUCGUAAUCCUCAUGGUCUUUGAAACUUGGAUUCUCAGCAUCGUGCUCUUGCUAGUCCAAUCUGCAGACGGGGGUGGUGUUGCAACGGGGCCACUCCGCCUUCUGCGGCUUCUGAGGCUUUCGCGUUUGGUGCGCCUUCUUCGUUCCCUGCCGGAGUUGCUGACACUGGUAAACGGAAUGCGAGCUGCUGCGAGGGCUGUCAUCUCGGCUCUUAUGCUCAUCAUUGGUCUCAACUACGUCUUCGCGAUUAUCAUCAACAUGUUUCUGAGAGAUAUCAAAUACCCGAUGUGUAGCGAUGGAAACGUAUCUUCGGGAUCGUGUUCCGAAGAAGGGAAUAUGAUGGAACGCAAGUUCAACACACUUGGUGUGAGCAUGUGGAGUUUGGCACUCCAUGGCACCUUUAUGGAUGCCAUCUCGGACCUUCUCGAGGACAUGCGCGACUUGGAGAACUUGGAAACAGGUGGCGGUUGGGUGCUGGCCUGGUCUAUGAUCUUCGUUUUCUUCCUGUACGUCCUCCUCACAAACAUUACCGUCAUGAACAUGCUCAUUGGGAUCGUGUGUGAAGUCGUUUCAGAAGUAAAGCUGAGCGAUGAGAAGAACACGGCCGUGGUUUAUUUGAAGAGGAAUCUCAGGAACUUGUUGAUUGAGUUGGAUGAAGACAACAACAAUCAGAUAUCAAAGAGAGAACUACAUGCAGCCUCGAGACUGCCUCGUGCGCGCGAAGUCUUGAAAGAGCUGGACGUGAACGUCGACAAUCUGAUUGUUUUGACCGAGCCAUUGUUUGAGCAAGAUGCUGACGCUGGCCGGGAGCAGGAAGUCACACGAGAAGAGCUCUUGAACGUAAUUCUCGACAUGCGUGGUGAUCGCGAUGUCCGAAUGGAGGACAUCGUGGAACUGCGCUGUGAUAUCCGCCGCUUCGUCCACAGGCAAACCAACGAGCUUGUCAAGAAGACGGAUGAGAUUGCGGGGCAUAUCGAGUCCAUUGAGAGGAAACUUGCGAUUAUCAGUGAGCGCAUCAAGUGA